AUGGCAUCUGAAUCCUCUAGCACCUCAACCACUUUACAAGAUCAAAGUGAUUCUUCUCACUCUAAAGAAGUGGUGAAAAUAAAGGAGAUUAAACAAGAUCAAUCCUCAGACGCCAACACCAACAACCUUGUUAGUUUCGUGAAACUUUUGAAAGGCGAUUCUGUUUCAGAGUCGAAUUUGCAAGAACGUGAUUUUUUUAGUCCUACAAAAAACAAUAAUGAAAGGAGACAUGAAAACAAAAGUGAAGAGAAGAAUUCAGAUUCAAAGAUUUUUUCAUGCUCUUUUUGUAGGAAACAAUUUUCAAAUUCACAAGCUUUAGGAGGACACCAGAAUGCUCAUAAAGCCGAACGUGCUUUAAAAAAAAUGCGUAAAGAAAGGUACGAGACAGCUGGUGCAUUACGUUUUGGACAACCUCGGUUUCAUCCUUAUUUUAGCUAUUCAAAUACUCUUUUUAGACCUUAUAAUUAUAACUUGCUUGGGAAUAGAAUUGAUUCAACAAUUCAAAAACCAGCAUAUUUUAACCCUAACCCUAGGUUUACUUCAAAUAGUUUUGAAUAUGCUAAUGGUGCUUUGUAUUUACAAGAGAGAUUAAACCCUUCUCUUGUGUCAUUGACAAACAUGAGGAAUGGUAAUAGCAUGGUUGGAAAUCUAAGUAUUGGGGGUACAAGUUUAAUUUUAAAUUCAAACAUGGAAAAGAAAGUGAUUUUGGCUCCUACUUCUACCAAGGAUGAUGUUCAUCAAUCGAAGUCUAUCAAUGGAAAAGGAGAACCCUCAAAUUCUGAAUCUUGCGAACUUGAUUUGUCUCUUAAGCUUUAA